UGCAGCCCGGAAAAGGAGCUUCGCGGGCGCGCGGCGUCCGGCUGUCCUUCUCGUCUCCUCUGCAGCGGGCCGCGAUGGUGUUCCUCACGGCGUCCCUUUGGAUCCGAACCCGCAAGACCGAUCGCUUCUGGAGGAAGUACGACGUGCUCCAGCAUGCACGGCACUUCCGUGGACGGAAGAACCGCUGCUUUGGCUUGGCCGUCCGAGUGGUCCGCAGAGCUAUGGUCUACGCUACGAAUGCCAGAUCUCUGAAAAAGAGGGACAUGAGGAAGUUGUGGAUUACAAGGAUCACGGCAGGUGCUCUUGAGCACAGCCUGAAGUAUCACCAUUUCAUCAGUGGUCUUUAUAAGUGUCAGGUGGAACUGAACAGGAAAGUCCUGGCUGACAUGGCGAUCUACGAACCCAAGACAUUCAAGUCCCUGGCGGCAUUGGCUAAAAGGAGGGGAGAAGAAGGCCUUGUCGCUGCUAAGGAAGGAAAAGAACCGGAGGGAAUAUUUUCACGCUACGUGCCGUAUUACUAAAGCUGCGGUGAUCGGCCCGCUUGCUGAGAUGUACUAAAAUUAAAAGGAAACACUUUGGUUUUGCAAAACGUAGCCUCAGGUUGUAAAGCGAAGCAAGUCGGAUCUCUGAUGGGGGUGGGAUCGUCCUUUCUUAACUUUGAAGAUUAUAACCCACUGUUUGUACAGGAGCCUACGUAGCAAUUAAAAUUUAAUAGGGCCUGUAUUUUCAACACCGGGACAGGAGAUCCAGCAAGUUUGUCUUCAGCAAAGAACUUUCCCCUCCUAGUGUGAACAGAGGCUUGAACAGAGCCCUUUGGCCACUUCAUUUGCUCAUCACGAUUUCCCUCUCAUUUAAGAUUCAAAUGCCAAAGCCUCCCUUGUUCACCUGCAGAAGAGGAGGUUAUGGAGUCCAUUGUCUACAUCCUGGCUUGAGAGAAAGCAGUUUAAAUGCAUCAAAAGCUAUGUCGGGAGUCGGGGAAGAGCAGAUUAAUUCCUCCAGAUGCAGAUCCACAAUUAAGACUGCCUUAUGAGUCUUUCUGCACUAUAUAUUCUUUUAAUUAAAAGGACUCUUUAAAUUG